AACCAAGUCCCGUUACGGGUGCAGUGGGUGGGAUCGGCAAUGGGAUUAGAGUUACUUAAGCGCCCCGCGCUGCCGCUGCCUUCCAUAACCUUCGUCAUGAGGCACCUCUCCGUCACCGCAGCGGCGAUCCUCGCCCUCGCCGCGCUGGCCACUCUGCCGCCGCUCACUGACGCCAGGCUGGUCCCCAAGUGCGAGCUCUACGCCGACCUUCUGUUCCCUAGAGGGAGCCAGGAGAGAAGGAUGAGCCGAGACAUCGUCGCUAAAGUGAUUUGCUUUGUCAGUAAAACAAGCGGCUUCAACACCAACGCUGUCACUCCUGUUCAUGGCCCGGGGGAGAAGAGACCGAAGCCCCAGUCAGACUUCAACGAGAUGCCUGUUGUUGAAGAAAGACAAGGGCAUGGCAGACGUGCAAAGAGGUCGCGAGAGGACUCGGACUCGCGUGACAACAGCGAAUCGUCAGGCAUGGAGUCAGAAGAUAAGGAUCAGAUGUUCAACGGAUUCCAGCCAAACAGAAGAGACCGUGAACGUGGGCCACCCAGCAAACAAGGGGACAAGGAGAACAGGAGGCGUCAGAAAAGGUCAAUGCCAAGCUCUGAGGAAGGGGACGCGUCUGGCAUGGGCUCAGAAGAAAACCAUCACAUGCCCAACAAAUUCAAGCCAGACAAAGGAGACCAUAAGUAUGAGCGAAGCAGACAGCAACAAGGGGGCAGGAGGAUUAACAAAAGGUCAGUGCAAAGCUCUGAGGAAGGGGACGCGUCUGGCAUGGGCUCACCGGAAAAGCACGAGGACGCGUCUAAAGGCCAAAAAGCAAAACCGGGCAAGGGCUUCAAGGAUGAGAGAAGGAGGAAGCGUCCCCGGCGCUCGAUCUCCAGCGAGGACGUCAUGGAGUCAUCUGGGAUGCCACCCGAAGAUCACUCCGUCCAGACGCCCAGACUGCUUGGCAUUUUCCAGAUCAACAGCCAGCUGGCUUGCGGCAACGGCAAACCGGAAGGCAUCUGUCACCUCAAGUGUGAGCAGCUGCUAGAUGAUAACAUCCAGGAUGACAUAACCUGCCUGAAAAUAAUACAUGAGAAGUGGCCCGAGAUGAUGUCUACCCCAGAAUGCCGCACAGCCUCCUGGUCAUCUCUUUUGUCGGAGUGCAAGUGAAGUGUCUGCACAAGACCCUCUGCCCCUCGUGGUGUGCUGAUGAGCAGGAGCGGUGCAGCACGUUACCUUCAUGAAAAUCAUCUUUGUAAGCAUCAAUAAAUUUGCAAAUUACUGCAGUUCAACCCGAGAAUGUCUUCCUUUUUAAAUAAAAGAUCGACAUUUUGUGCCAA